AUGACCGAAUCUCGUCAGACGACAUUACCUCCACACGCACCACCGACCGAAAGCACGAGGACCGGGGCUUACCAUCCAACGCUCCUCGAGAUACAAAAAGAUUCAAUAUCUGAAAUAGCUCGAAAAUGUUGGCAGGCAAAGGAUCCUGCUUCUAGGAUAUGGGAUCCAAAAAUUGUAGAAAAUAUUUAUCGCCAAGAGUUGGAAAAAAAUCGGUUUGAAACUAAAAAACUGAUGUUGCUGGAAUUCAGUCAGUAUCUGGAAAAGUACCUUUGGCCAAAUUUUAACGGAGAUGAUGAUUCCUUGGAGCAUGUAUUAUCUAUAGUGUUAAUGGUUAACGAAAAAUUUAGAGAACGAGUGGCUGCAUGGGAUAGCUUCGUGAACUUGCCUGAUCAGUUCCCAAAGUUCUUCAUGCGCGUUCUCCAUCUUAGCAUUUCAGAUGCUCUGACAUUACAAGUUAGAAAAUUUAUUCUCGUUUUCUUGAUUCAUGCAUUUCAAAGCUUAGAAAACCCGUUAUUAAGGAAAGAGUGCAUAAUUUUGGUUUCUCUUGUGACGUGGCAUUGUUUCGGAUCGAAAUCUUUACGAGAACAAGAAUUCACGUCUAACAAAAAUCUUAAAAAGCAAUGGAAAGCUUUCGAGAAAAGGUAUAAAAAUGCAGACGAGGUGCAUAAAGAACAACUGCGAUUUCAGAGAACCUGGAUUAGUAACUACAUGAAAGGAUUCGUGGAAGUCUUGUAUUCGAUGCCUGAGGUUGGAGAUGUGGAUCAGGAUAAAGUUGCAUACUGUGAACGUUUCUUGGAAUUCCUGAUCGACUUGGAAGCUCAACUUCCAACGAGAAG